CAGGCUCAAGUUUCCUCUCUUGGCCAGAAGGGGCAGGAGGAGAGGAGAGCCUCGGGGAAAGGGGAGGGUUGGAGGAAGGACUGAGAACUCAGGCCGAGGGCCUCUCAGAGCAGGCUGGUGCGCCUGCUUGGGGCUCCCUGCCCCAGCCCAGCCCCAGCCUCCGCACUCAGAGCCCAGCAAUGGCCUGGGGGCGGGGCGCGGCCCUCGCGGACUCUCAGAGGUAGCAGGGAUCCUCGCCCAGAAGGUGUCAGCUCAGGCCCAGCCUCCCCAGAGACAACACCCGGAGCCUCAUCUCCUCACCUUGCUGGGACUCUGCCACAGGUUUCUGAGGCCAUUUGGGCUUUGGGGGAACCUGGACCAGACCCUGGUCCAGUAGGAUGCCCCCGUGUCCUCCCCAGCAGAGCAGGAACAGGGUGAUACAGCUGCCCACUCCAGAGCUGGGCGAGAUGGAACUGACUUGGCAAGAGAUCAUGUCCAUCACUGAGCUGCAGGGUCUAAAUGCUCCAAGUGAGCCAUCGUUUGAGCCCCAAGCCUCAUACCUUGGACCCUCGACACCCCCAACUUACUGCCCCUGCUCAAUUCACCCAGAUGCUGGCUUCCCCCUUCCUCCACCACCUUAUGAGCUCCCAGCAUCCACAUCCCAUGUCUCAGACCCCCCCUACUCCUAUGGCAACAUGGCCAUACCAGUCUCCAAACCACUGACCCUCUCAGGCCUGCUCAGUGAGCCCCUCUCAGACCCCUUGGCCCUCCUGGACAUUGGGCUGCCAGCGGGACCACCCAAGCCCCAAGAAGACCCAGAAUCUGACUCAGGAUUAUCCCUCAACUAUAGUGAUGCUGAAUCUCUUGAGCUGGAGGGGACAGACCGGCGGCGUGAGUAUGUGGAGAUGUACUCGGUGGAGUACCCCUACUCACUUAUGCCCAACUCCUUGGCCCCCCGCAACUAUGCCUUGCCACCCACUGAGACCCCCUUGGCCUUAGAGCCCUCCUCAGGCCCUGUGCGGGCUAAGCCUACUGCACGGGGCGAGGCAGGGAGUCGGGAUGAACGUCGGGCCCUGGCCAUGAAGAUUCCUUUUCCUACGGACAAGAUUGUCAACUUGCCGGUAGAUGACUUUAAUGAGCUGUUGGCAAGGUACCCGCUGACAGAGAGCCAGCUGGCACUAGUCCGGGACAUCCGACGGCGGGGCAAGAACAAGGUGGCUGCCCAGAACUGUCGCAAGAGAAAGCUGGAGACCAUCGUGCAGCUGGAGCAGGAACUGGAGCGGCUGGGCAGUGAACGGGAACGGCUUCUCAGGGCCCGCGGGGAGGCAGACCGGACCCUGGAAGUCAUGCGCCAACAGCUGACAGAGCUGUACCGUGACAUUUUCCAGCACCUUCGGGAUGAAUCAGGCAAUAGCUACUCCCCUGAAGAAUAUACACUGCAACAGGCUGCCGAUGGUGCCAUCUUCCUGGUGCCCCGGGGGACCAAGACAGAGGCCACAGACUAAGCUGGCCUAGAGGGGUGGGACUGGUGAUGGGAAUUUCCUUCAUUACUUUCUGAUGAAGGUAUUCCCUAACCCUGGGACCCAGAAGGCAACAACAGUGGUAACAAGGUGUUUGGGAGCUCCAAAGUGUGUUUAAAGAGGCUUGCCUUGAGGGAGUAUGUGAGGGGAGGGUUGGAAUCUCUUCCCUGACUUAGCUUCUCAGAUCUCCAACCCCCACCUCCUCUAAGCUUUGGUCUAUAAAGUGAUCUCCAGAAAUAGC